AUGCCAGUCGCUCUGGAUACCCUUCGUAGCGCUGCAGGCAUUCGUAUUGCUAUCGACAGAGGUGGCACCUUCUGCGAUGUCUACGCGACGUUCGCCCAUCGCCCUCCCGUUAUCCUGAAGGUUUUGUCGAUUGACGCCGCUUACCCUGAUGCACCUACGGAAGCUAUCCGACGUGUCUUGGAGAUAGGUUAUGAUACAGCCAUACCAAGAGGAGAGCUUCUUGACUUGUCGGGCAUAGAAGUCAUCAGGAUGGGGACAACGGUCGCGACAAAGUGGGGAGAGAAGACUGCUUUCCUUGUUUCCGAAGGUUUCCGCGACCUUCUGCACAUUGGCAAUCAAAGUCGUCCAGAUUUGUUCGACCUCUCAGCCAAACGGCCUGGGGUGUUGUACGAGAGGGUAAUCGAGGUCAAAGAGAGAGUUUUACUCGCAGACGUGUACCGAUUGGAGGGACUCCCUGUCGUUUUAGGCACAAGCGGAGAAAGGAUUCAGGUUGAACAUGUCCCCGACGCCGGCGAAUGCCGUAAACACCUCCAGAGCCUUUACGACGACGGCUUUCGCUCCCUGGCCAUCUCUUUUCUUCAUUCUUAUACGUAUCCUAAGCACGAGAUUCUGGUCGCCGACAUCGCUCGAGAGGUUGGGUUUAUACAUGUAUCCCUAUCGUCCCAGCUUUCACCAAUGAUUCGCAUUGUUCCUCGUGCGAACUCGGCAACGGCAGACGCCUAUCUUACGCCGGAGCUCCAGAAAUAUCUUCAAGGGAUGCUUCAAUUCAUGCAGAGCGACGGCGGAUUGGUUAACGCAGAAGCAUUCUCUGGACUACGGGCAAUUCUCAGUGGUCCUGCAGGUGGGGUUGUUGGUAUCGCAAAGACUUGCUGGGAUGAGAAACUAAAAGUGCCGUUGAUUGGGUUUGACAUGGGUGGUACAUCCACGGACGUGUCACGGUUCGAUGGGAGAUUUGAGCAUCUUAUGGAGUCAACAACGGCCGGUGUUACCAUUCAAAGUCCACAACUCGAUAUCAACACUGUUGCUGCCGGUGGAGGAUCACUUCUUCUCUGGCAAAACGGGCUUUUGAAAGUAGGACCCCAGUCUGCCGGUGCAUCUCCCGGGCCCGCAUGUUAUCGCAAGGGUGGCCCACUCACCACAACGGAUGCAAAUGUAUUCUUAGGCCGACUUCUUCCGGCACAUUUUCCCAGGAUAUUCGGACCGGAUGAAAAUCAGUCCCUUGAUGCUGAUGUGGUUCGAGAGAAGUUCACUGCCCUCGCCAAACAGAUUUCAACGGAUACCGGAGUGGAGAAGACUCCAGAAGAGAUCGCCCUUGGAUUUCUGACAGUCGCAACGGAAGCUAUGUGUCUACCUAUCCGAGCUAUCAGCGAAGCAAGAGGGUAUGAUCCGUCUAGCCAUCACCUGGCGGUGUUCGGCGGUGCGGGAGGACAAUCUGCUUGUGAUGUCGCUGUGGCGUUAGAUAUGUCGCGUAUUCUCAUCCACAAGUCGUCAGCUAUCCUUUCUGCGUUCGGACUGGCGAAAGCUGAGUUGGUGGACGAGAGUCAGGAAUCCUUCUCUAUUAUCGCCGAUGAUUCGAGUUUUGACAUUCUGCGCUCCCGCCUAGCUAUCCUUCGAGUCAGAUCCGAAGGACGCUUGAUUGCGCAAGGGUUCACGAAAUCUCAGCUUUCGUCCAUGUCGUACUUGAAUAUGCGCUAUGAUGGUUCCGAUGCCACACUGAUGAUCGCCGUGGAAUCGUCCCACGAUUUUGUCCAAGUAUUCAAAGCCAAGCAUCAUCAAGAAUUUGGGUUCUCUCUUGAGGGACGGAGCGUUUGGGUCGAUGAUCUUCGGGUGUACUUUGGAUCGACGGGUUGGAUAGACGCAGGGGUGUAUAAGCUAGGUCAAUUAACGCCUGGUUCGGUCAUCAAAGGGCCGGCGAUAAUCCUUGACGCCACGCAGACGAUUGUCGUCACGCCAAGCGCGGUCGCUAUGGUGUUGGAUGAUCACGUUGUGGUGGAUAUCGACCCUGAAAAUGUCGAUUCGGAGGGCAAGACGGAUGAUCCGCUUGCAGUCGAUCCUAUUCGCUUAUCGGUGUUUGGGCAUCGGUUUAUGUCAAUAGCAGAGCAGAUGGGAAGGACGUUGCAGAAGACCAGUGUCAGCGUGAAUAUCAAGGAGAGACUUGAUUUCUCAUGCGCACUCUUUGACCCUGAUGGGAGGCUGGUGGCUAAUGCACCUCAUGUACCAGCUAUGCUGGGUAGCAUGCAAUUUGCUGUUCGUUGGCAGCACGAACAUUGGAAGGGACGACUUCACGAUGGAGAUGUCAUACUUAGCAACUCGGCUGUCAGUGGCGGAGUCCAUCUCCCUGAUAUUACGAUCGUUACUCCCGUAUUCGACGAUAGCGGAAGAGAUAUCAUUUUCUACGUCGCCUCUCGAGGGCACCAUGCCGAUGUUGGAGGGCAGACUCCAGGCUCUAUGCCGCCGUUCUCGAAGACGAUAUACGAUGAGGGAGCGUCGAUUUUGACUUUCAAGGUCCUAUUGGUAGAAGAGCCAUUGAAGCACCCAGGCGGAAAAGGGACACGGGCGUUAAAGGACAACCUGAGUGAUAUAAAUGCCCAGAUUGCUGCAACUUAUAAGGGUGUCGGUUUGGUCAAGAACCUUGUGUCGAAGUAUACGCUACCAGUGGUACAGAUGUAUAUGUAUGCGAUCCAGUCGACAGCUGAAGAGGCUGUUCGACAACUCUUGCGAAAAUUCAGCAAGAGGCAUAGCGGUAAAGCAUUGGUUGCUUUUGAUCGCAUGGAUGAUGGAUCGCCGAUAGCACUGCGGAUCGACAUCGACAGGGAGAGCGGCUCUGCGACUUUUGACUUCACAGGCACCGGUCCGGAAGUGUAUGGCAAUUGGAAUGCACCGAGAGCAAUUGUGAACUCGUCGAUUAUCUACGCGUUGCGAUGUUUGUUGGCGAGUGAUAUUCCGUUGAAUCAGGGGUGCAUGACUCCAAUCAAUGUGAUCAUACCGGAUGGAUGCUUCUUGAAACCAAGCGCAGAUGCGGCGGUUUGUGCGGGAAAUGUACUAACCAGCCAACGACUGACUGACGUCGUACUUCGGGCCUUCGAAGCCUGUGCAGCACACAUGACGAACACACGUAUCACCGAUCCUGAGAUCAUGGAGCGGCGAUACCCUGUCAUCCUUCGACGAUUCUCCUUGCGCCCUGGCUCAGGUGGAAAAGGUCGAUAUCAUGGUGGGGAUGGUGUUGUGCGAGAUAUCGAGUUCCGUCGCACAGUGCAGUGCAGCAUCUUGAGCGAUCCGGGCGCACUGGGAGUCAAUUUGUGGAUAUCGAAGGAUGCUCAAGGGAAGGAGAGGGCGCUGUCUAUCGGUGGUAAGAACACAGCCCCAAUGGCGAAGGGGGAUCGGAUAGUUAUCAUGACUCCCGGAGGGGGUGGGUAUGGAACGUCAAAUGAGUAA